CAAUCAUCCUAAGCGCGCGGAUUAUUUGACAAUUAUUAAAAAAAAAAAAAGCAAAACAACAAAUCAAGAGGUUUAUUGUAUAUUUUCCUUUGUUUUGGUUUUCUUUAUCAGUGGAUUUUUUUUAAUGAUACUGUGCUUAGAUUUUAAUAUAUUUUAGAUUUAAUUCUAUUGUUAUUCGUUGAAGUGUUCAAAUUUUGUUUACAAUAAAAGUAUAUUUAAAAAAUAAUCGGUAAAAAUGUACGGGUUUAGUUAUCAGGAAUUGGCAAAUCGAAUGAUGUCAUCAAUGGAUGAAUUUCAGGAAGCUUUUCAAUUAUUCGACAGUCGUGGCGAUGGAAAAAUUCAUGUUGCACAAAUUGGCGAUGCCCUGAGAGCAUUGGGACAAAAUCCAACAGAAUCGGAUGUUAAAAAAUUCACGCAUCAGCACAAACCUGAUGAAAGAAUAAGUUUCGAAGUAUUCCUGCCGAUUUAUCAGGCAAUUAGCAAAGCACGCACAUCUGAUACUGCUGACGAUUUCAUUGAGGGAUUGCGUCACUUUGACAAAGACGGAAAUGGCUUUAUUUCUUCAGCCGAACUCAGACAUCUUCUCACGACACUUGGUGAGAAAUUAAGUGACGAAGAAGUUGAGACUUUAUUGUCAGGACAUGAAGAUUCACAGGGUAAUAUCAAUUAUGAGGAUUUUGUUCGUCAAGUAAUGUGCGGUUAAAAAAAGUCUAGUUAAGUUUUUUUUUUAAAUCCAUUAUUAUCGAGAUACUUACGUAUAUAUUAUAUAUUAAUAUUAUUAUUAUUAUUAUAAAAAAAAGGAUUUAGAAAAUUCCUUUGUCAAUAUUUUCUUUACGAAACGAUGAGAAACAAAAUAUUAAAUUUUAAGGGGGGAAUUGUAGUUUUUGAGAUUAUUAUUCAUUUGCGUAGAAAAAGCAAAUAAUUUUUUUUUUACCGAGAAAAAAAAUGAAUUUUCACUUAGUUGACAAACAGUGUAGCGUGUUGUGCCUUGAUCCCAAAAAAAAAAAUUUUACCUACAUUCUAAGGAAGUUGAUAACCCAUAUCGGUGAGCAAUGCAUAUUCAUUAACAAUACACUAUAUUAAUAUAUUUCUCUACGAUAGAAUUGAAAUAUUAUUUUACCAACAUUCCGAAUAACAAAAAAAAAGAAAAUGUAAUUGUAAAUUUGCUGAACGUUCCAAUUAUUUGUCCAUGUAUUUGCAUUUAGAGAAUAUAUAGAUACUGAUGAAUCGAAA